AGUCAGCUGGGAUAGGCUCCAGCACCCCCAGCGACCCUAGUGAGGAUAAAGCGGUGUACAGAGAAUGGAUGGAUGGAUGAUGCAGCUGAAGUAUAAUUGGAAUCUACGUGUGACAUGACACGGAAAACAAGACACGAUGUUGGCAGAAAAGCUGUGUUUGUCAAAGUAUCCGGUAACCAAAAACAGGCCGUUCUCGUUCGGGGACCUGCUGAUGAGGGCAGUGUGGCAACAUCCUGAUUAUUGCACAUCUUAACGCUCAAAACCUGAUUGAAGUGAUUUCUGGAGACAAAGGGGAGUAGAGGAGAUCGCUUAAUGUCUGGAUAGGUAUUUUUUUUACGUAAAGAGUGAGAGGAGGAGGAUCUCUGAUGGCCACCUGUCAUUAUAACCAUGUAGUUAUCAUUUUUCUCUGCAUGCUCACGGAUGUGUGUCACGCCACGGCUCCUGCAUAGAAAUUCUCACCAAAAUAACAGAAAUAACAAUGCGUUAUUAAAAACACAACAGAUGCUGGUUAAUUAUAGUCUGCAGACACAGUGUAAGAGCAAAUGAGUGGAAUAACACCAGAGUUUUGCAACAGAAGGGGUGAGAACAUUUCAGCAUCUGCUGAUUUAUGAAACAACUUACUGCACAGCUGGUUACACAAAGUCAGCGACUGACGGUAAUCUGACAUAAUUAUUACUAAACAUGAACCAGGCACUGAGGGACAUUUGUCACAGAACAUCAGUUAUUUGUAGAGUGUCGAAUAAAAAAAAUUAAGUAAGAAAACAGAAGAAUAGUGUUUUUAUGUAGAAUUUUGGGAAACCUAAAACAGUAAAUUGAUUCAAUAGUUUGCACAAGUCAUUUCACACUGUACCUUGGUGACAGGUGUGUACAUACAGUACAAAGUGAUUACAUUUCAGUCCCAAAUUAAGAUUAUUUAUGUCACUGAGUCUGGUGUUUAGUGUUGUUUUUAUAUAGGUUGCGGUUUUAUUUUGUAGCUGCGUAUUUGUUAUCUUGUUUAUCAGACAGUGUAGGUGUCUUUUAAUGAACAAAUGAUUUUGUUCGUCGUGUUAAUAUACUGUGGAUGCCUGUAGCAAAUUGUCCUUGUGAGCUCCUGCAGUGUGACAGAACUGAAGCAGCUGAAUAGAUUCCAACAUUCAUUAUUAAUUGUAUUAUUUACAUCUUUGCUGUACAAGUCAGAAUGUGUUCUCUUUGACAGAGAAAAAGGUUUCAACAUGUACAUGUGACGACGCAUGCAUUUGGUAACCUGCUGGGAAAGGAAACAGGACAUUGGGUCAGCUGUCCAAAAACAAAAAAUGAGCUAAAGAAUUGCACCAUUGUUAAAGAGAUGCUCCGUGGUAUCUCAUUUGGACUCAUUUGGCACCAGGCUGUUGUUAUCUUUGAAGGCUGUAGCCAGUCCAGUGCAGAAGCCAUGUCGUUCACCUAUUUCUUCAACGACAGUUUAUAUGACCAGAAUGAAACCGUCACACCACUCUACGUGAAUCCAGAUACGUUGGCGUGUGAACUAAAACCACCGAACCCCACAGCAGCUGUGUAUCUGUGUGUCGUCCUCACAGCCAUCUUUUUACUGGCGAUACCAGGAAAUCUGCUGGUUGGGUGGGUGAUCGGCAGCAGCAGACAGCUUUUGACUCCAUCAGAUAUCUACUUGUUUCACCUGACAGUAGCAGAUGGUCUGAUGGCCCUUUCGCUCCCGUUCUUUGCGGUGUCAGUGGUCCGAGGUUGGAUCUUUGGAGACUUCAUGUGCAAGCUCGUCAACCUGAUCUUUGACGCCAACUUCUACACCAGCGUCAUCUUCCUGGCCUGCAUUAGCAUCGACCGUUACCUUGUGAUUGUUCGUGCCAGUGAGACUUUCAGGAGUCGCAAGAGGAUGUGCAGCAGGCUCCUCUGUGCAGCAGUGUGGGUCUUCGGUUGCACUCUUGCUCUGCCUGCUCUUUUCAACGACGCCUUCAUCCUCGACCCAGACACAGGCAGGAUGGUUUGCCUUGAAAAAUUUGACAUCGGCAGUGCCUUCUUAUGGAGGCUCCUCACCAGGGGGUUCCUCCAUGUUUUUGGCUUUUUGGUCCCUGUGACUGUCAUGAUAGCCUGCUACAGCGUCACCAUCUGGAGGCUGCUGCACACCCGUGGCUUCCAGAAGCAUCGGGCCAUGCGAGUGAUCAUCGCUGUGGUGAUUGCAUUUCUGCUGUGCUGGACACCGUACCAUAUAACCAUGGUGGUGGACUUACUGAUGAGGGCUGAUUUGAUUCAGUUUGACUGUGCUUUCAGGAUGUCAGUAACCAACGCUUUGCUUAUAACCAACGGCCUGGCUCUGGUCCACAGCGGCAUUAACCCUUUCCUCUAUGCAUUUGUCGGGGAGAAGUUCAAGAAAAAGAUGUCGCUGCUUCUUCAGAGGAGGCUCAGACAGGAAAGGAUGUCAUCAGGGUCCAAGUUUAGCAGGUCAUCAUCUCAGACCUCAGACGGCGCAGCUGUUUUCUGAACCCUUGUCGGACUUUUUCUCCACACAGUCGCGAGGCUUUUUAGUACAAGAAGAAAGUAGAAUACAUGACAGGAAUGGAAAUAAGAAAAACAAAGACUUGUGUCUCUCGCUAGUGACAAAUUUACAGUGGCAUGGCUGACAUACUGAUGUUUAGCAGCUUUAAAGUUACCAUGUUUGUUAUCUUAGGUUGUUGUUAACAUCUGAAUUAUACUCAACAUUUGUCAUAUUAAAAUAAUCCCACUUAUGCUAAGCUGAACAUUGGGUAUUUGCUCUUAAGAAUAUAGUUUAGAUUCACUAUAUUAAAAAUAUAGGCCUCAUCAUAGGAACUCAAUGCAACAAAAUCAGUACACUUUUCAUUACUGAUUAAAAUCUCUUUUUGUCUAUAUUUCGUAUGACAACCUUUAUUUUUUAUGACAGAAUCAGUCCUCCUCAGAAUGGAAGAUACCAAAUUUCCACAGAGAUGAUCUGUCAUACUUCUUUGUGGAGUCCCACGAUUAAAUUUUUCAUUCCUUCUGACCAUUAUUCUUCAUGUGAAGCCAUGAUGCAGACAUGUGGAUAGAUACAGCCCGUGAGUCCAAAAGGGAAAAAGCUAUUCAUACACUGGUUCGAUAAUCAACUUGAUUUUGCUUCGGUGAUCACAAGUGUGUUCUAUUUUGUUGCAUUGAGUUGCUACUAUGGUGCCUGUGUUUUCAAUGUAUCUUUUAAAGUAUUAGUUUUUGAUUGUCCAUAAAAUUAAACAUUCUUCUUGUCAGUUUAGAAAUAAUGCAAUUAUGAAUAGGUGAUGCAACAGCACGUGACAUUUAAGCCCACCCACGUCUGUUGUAAACUGUAGCUCCAAGUACGGAAGGGAAUGUCAUCCAUUCAGCUGAUAACAAACGACUGAAGGAUCAAUCAUCUGAAUUCAUCUUCAGUGGAGCAUUAAUUUCUGUACAAAUGCCAAUCAGUCCAGUAGUUCUGGAGAUAUUUAAGCCUGACCAACAAACACGGCCAUUCAUACAGUCAUGUGUAGCUAAAACUGUGCUCCAUAAAGAUGCAGUCUUGACAUUUACAAAGGUGAAGAGGAACUAAAAUGUUCAAUUGACUAAUGUUAACCAGUGGAAAACACGCAGAGUGAAAUGCACAGCUGGAAGCAAGACCCACUUCAAGUAUUAAUUGUUGGCAUUUGGGGUUAAUUCAGCUGGAUGGCUUCAAUAAAAAUUCACAAAUUUUCCAAUCAGCAGAUGCUCGUAGCAUCAUAUUUAUCAAAUAUGUUUUCACCAUACAGGAAACAGAAAGCAAGUGUCACAAACUAAAUACAGUAGAUUACUUAUCAGGCACAAAGUAAGAUUAAUUAUGACGAUAUAGAUUAUUUUUACUCUUCAUAGCAAAGUAACUGUCAUGUAAAGUUGGAAAAGCAGACGAUAUCAGUGUGCUUUAGUGUUCUUGCUCAUAGCCUACCUUUGAUUAUGUGAUCCACUGCUGCCAUCUAUUGUCAUUACUCUGGUGAUGUUUUUCCAGCCUUUGAGUUGUCCUUUAAGCUUCCUUUCCAUCUCAGAACCACACGAUAACAUCUAAUAAAGAUCGUGGAUGCAUCUUGUGUUUUACAUGUUUUUCGUCAAACAAUCUUGGAGUGCAUAUAUUUUUCAUAUGCAAAUGAAAUGCACCAAAAAGAAUUUAACCCUUCACUCUGUUGUAUGGGCCCUCAAUUCUUAUGAACUAUGUUUCUCAGUUUAUUUAUAAUAACCAUACAUGUAUUUGCCAUAGCAUUUGUACAAAUUAUGAAAUGAAUGUUGCUAUCUUCUUAGUAAAAAACAAUAAAUAUUUCAAAUGAUUUUCACUUGUCAUGUUCUGAUUAAUAAACAUGUAUAAAUAAAUCAAAUGCUUUGCAGUUUUUCCAGUUCUGACUGAUUUGUUCCUGUGCAGAUGGAGUUGCACAGGGUCCUUGUUAGCGGAACCAGAUGCGACCCCUCCCUAACUGACAGAAGUUUAUCGAAACCAGAUUGCACAACUUUGGUUACUUUAAUAUAGAUGCUCCAAACACAAGACGUACAGUCUUCCUUUUUGUUUUGAAUUUUGAAAUGUACUAUU